CUUCUUCAGAUUAUAGUAUAUAAAGAACAAUAGAUACACUUUCACUCCAUUCAUAAAGCAUCAUAGAUCUUUGCAUAUCUGCUUUUAAAGUGAGUGAUAAUAACAGAGGAAAUGGCAGCUUGUGUCGAAAAUUGCAGAAGCCAGAACUCAACUACCCCAUAUUCCUUAGAAUCUAAUAACCAAUGCCAAUUGAGCAAUUCCUUAAGCAAAUUAGUCAAAUUAUGUAUACCCACUUUGCCAAUUUCCACUCGUAUCAAAUCUGUCAGCUGGGUCGAUGAGAAGAUUUCACCAACAUACAACUUCUUGCCCCAAGUAAGAAAUGAAGAACAAAAAGAAGAAGAAGAAGAGUUGUGGAUUCAGAUUCAAGAGGAAGCAAUGUCCGAUGUUCAACAAGAGCCAAUUCUCCACGAAUACUACACCUCAUCAAUAUUGUCACACAACUCCCUCGAAAGCUCAUUAUCACAUUUGUUGGCCAUGAAGCUAAGCAAUUCAAGCCUAUCAAAGAUAACACUUUUGGAAACAUUCUAUAGCGUUUUCAUCAAAGACGACGGAAUCAGAAGAGCUGUUAGGAAUGAUCUGAAAGCGGUAAGAGAACGAGACCCUGCUUGUACUAGUUAUGUUCAUUGCUUAUUGAACUUCAAAGGCUUCCAAGCUAGUCAAGCUCACAGAGUGGCACAUAAAUUUUGGUGUCAAGGAAGAACAGCCAUGGCAACUCUGAUUCAGAGCCGAGUUUCAGAGGUUUUUGGGGUUGAUAUACAUCCUGGAGCUAAGAUUGGAAGUGGGUUAGUGAUUGACCAUGCCAAUGGGGUUGUAAUUGGGGAGACUGCCGUAGUGGGAGAAAAUGUUACAAUUCUUCAUAACGUGACAUUAGGUGGGACAGGGAAGGUUUCUGGGGAUAGGCAUCCCAAAAUUGGUGAUGGGGUGUUUAUAGGAGCAGGGAGUAAAGUUUUGGGUAGUGUUAGAAUUGGGGAGGGUGCUAAGAUAGGUGCUGGUUCUGUUGUGUUGAAAGAUUUGCCUCCUAAUACCACUGCUGUUGGAAAUCCUGCUAGAUUAAUUGGGCCUAAUUGAAAGAUUAGGACCAAAUCAGUACUGCCACGUGUUAAAUGGUAAUAUCUUAUGUCAAAUCAUUGUAAGAGUGCUCCAACAUCUUGUUGGCUAGUACAUUUCUAUGUUAAUAAGUUGUUGCUUCCAAAGCCUCUACUUUCAUAUGAUAUAAUUUAAUUUUGCAUUUAUA